AAAUUUGUUUUUAGAAAAAUUUGGCAGACUCUCUCUCUCUCUCUCUCUCUCUCUCUCCAGAGAAAUCUCCCUCCUCCUUCUAUCUCCAGAAUUCGCGAGAGCUGAAAUGGGUGUUCUGGCGACCGACCCGCUAUCCCAGCUGAGCCUGCCGCCGGGUUUCCGGUUCUACCCGACCGACGAGGAGCUCCUCGUCCAGUACCUCUGCCGCAAGGUGGCUGGCCACCACUUCGACCUGGAGAUCAUCGGGGAGAUCGAUCUGUACAAGUUCGACCCUUGGGUCUUGCCAAGCAAGGCGAUAUUUGGUGAGAAGGAGUGGUACUUCUUCAGUCCUCGAGACAGGAAGUACCCGAACGGGUCCCGGCCCAACCGGGUCGCCGGGACCGGGUACUGGAAGGCCACCGGCACCGACAAGGUCAUCACCACCGAAGGCCGCAAGGUCGGCAUCAAGAAGGCCCUCGUCUUCUACGUCGGAAAGGCACCCAAGGGCACCAAGACCAACUGGAUCAUGCACGAGUACCGCCUCCUGGAGACUUCCCGCAAGAGCGGAAGCUCGAAGUUGGACGAGUGGGUCCUGUGCCGAAUCUACAAGAAGAGCUCGGGCUUGCAGAAGCCGACCAUGUCGACUUCUUCGAGCAAAGAACACAGCCACGGCUCGCAUUCGUCUGCCUCUUCGCUGGACGACAUGUUGGAGACUCUGCCCGAGAUCAACGACCGGUUCUUCGCGUUGCCGCGCACGAACUCGCUCAGGAUCACGCAACAACACCAGCAGCAGCAGCAGCAGCAGCAGCAGGACCAGAAGCCCAACCUACAGACUCUGAUGGGCUCGGGCAGUUUCGACUGGGCCACGCUCGGGGGUCUCAACCCGGAGCCCCAGCAACAACUCGUCCCGGUCAACCAAGCUCAUCAGGCUCAGGGGCUCGUGAACUACGAAGGCAAUGACGUGUUUGUCCCUCACAUGAGCCGCCCCGGUGGCUCGGCAGCGGACGAGGAGGUACAGAGCGGGGUCAGGGCUCAGCCGGCGGGGGCGUAUCCGCCGAGCUCGGGCGGGUUCGCUCAGAGCCUGGCAAACUUGCUCGACCCGUACGGGUUCCGGUACUCGGCACACCCCGCCGCCGGGGGGCUCGGCUUCCGGCAAUGAGGAAGCAAAAUAGACGUGUACGUGGGAAUUCAAUCGGACGGGUCAGGUGGACGCGAGGUGCAAAGCAGGGGGGGCGGCUCUGUAAAUAAUUGGAAUUCCGUGGUGGCUAACAUGCAUGGCUUUUAGAUUCCAACAAAUGGAGGGCGUGGAUUUAUUUUUUUUAGGGGGGCUCGGUGGAGGAAAAAAGGGCAAAAAGGGAAAAAAAAAAGUUGGGGGUGGGGUGGGGGGUGGUGGGAUAUAUGCUAACUUUAAUUUUUGGAGGACGGAUUCAAUGCGCGCGCGCGCACACACAGAUGAAUACAGACAAAGUCAGUUCAAAGGGUGCUGUUUGUAAAUAUAGGAAAGCUGAGGGGCAAAACUGCAACGGCGUGAUCAAGGGCUUUGCUAUAGUGUGAUAGUGACCAGGGUCUAGGGAUUGGUGACGUGGUAGGGCCAUCGGGGUCGGAUGUGGCUGCAACAUUAGGUGGGUGGGGGGUUGAUGCCUACAGUGUGAUUUAAUAUUUUGUGGGUUACAUUGCCAUAUGAAAUGUAUGUAAGCUUUGAUUUUUAGCA